AAACGACGAAUUGGCCUUAAUUGGAGGACUGCCGUAACCGCUGAAUUGGCCUUAAUUGGAGGCUAUUCAGAACCCUCCUUGCUGCUUGCUAUAGGCUCUAGCUGUAGUCGUAGAGAGGCACUGCGUAUCUGUAGUGAAGGAGACGAUGGGACCCUCGGUGAAGGGCUCGGUGAAGGGCUCGGUGAAGGUCUCGGUGACGACCGGUGAGUCUGUCGGUGAAGGAGGUAUCGGAGAGGCUUCGUUUGACGAUAAAAUGAGGCGUUGGCGAUGUCUAGAGGGCUCAGAAUAGGCGUAUUUGGUGGUGUUGUUGUAUUUGAGGGUGUUGGUAAAUGCAGAGCCUUAGGGGGCUGCCUGGGUUGCUCUGUUAGCUGGU